GAAGGUGUAAGGACUGCUGGACCAGCACCACUACCACCACUUGUGCCCUCUUCUGCUCCUCCGGAUGCUCAGAAAUGGGGGAAUGGACUAUACUAGAGAGGCUCCUGGAGGCUGCUGUCCAGCAGCACUCUACUAUGAUCGGAAGGAUCCUGCUGACGGUGGUGGUGAUCUUCCGCAUCCUGAUCGUGGCCAUCGUCGGGGAGACGGUGUACGAUGAUGAGCAGACCAUGUUCGUGUGCAACACGCUGCAGCCGGGCUGCAACCAGGCGUGCUACGACAAGGCGUUCCCCAUCUCGCACAUCCGCUACUGGGUCUUCCAGAUCAUCAUGGUGUGCACGCCCAGCCUGUGCUUCAUCACCUACUCGGUGCACCAGUCGGCCAAGCAGAAGGAGCGCCGCUACUCCACCGUCUACCUGACGCUGGAUAAGGAGCCGGACUCGCUGCUGAAGCGCAGCGGGAUCGGCGGCGGCGGCGGGGGCGACGAUUCCGCCAAGAAGAUCAAGAACACGGUGGUGAAUGGCGUGGUGCUGCAGAACACCGACAACUCCACCAAAGAGGCCGAGGCAGACUGCCUGGAGGUGAAGGAGAUGCCCAACUCGGCGGCCGCCAGAACUACAAAGUCCAAAAUGAGGCGCCAGGAGGGCAUCUCGCGUUUCUACAUCAUCCAGGUGGUGUUCCGCAACGCGCUGGAGAUCGGCUUCCUGGUGGGUCAGUACUUCCUGUACGGCUUCAACGUGCCCUCGGUGUACGAGUGCGACCGCUACCCGUGCAUCAAGGACGUCGAGUGCUACGUGUCGCGGCCCACGGAGAAGACGGUGUUCCUGGUCUUCAUGUUUGCCGUCAGCGGCUUCUGCGUGGUGCUCAACCUGGCCGAGCUCAACCACCUGGGCUGGCGCAAGAUCAAGACGGCGGUGCGCGGCGUGCAGGCCCGCCGGAAGUCCAUCUACGAGAUCCGGAACAAGGACCUGCCGCGGAUGAGCGUGCCCAAUUUCGGGCGCACGCAAUCCAGCGACUCGGCUUAUGUCUAAAGAGGAGAGCCCCCCCCGCACCCCCUCCCUGCCCCACCAUCCCUCCUUACGCGUUCGGAACUUUGGACUAUUACGCACGCCUGAAUCCGUGUCAUGACUUUUCAACAGUGGGCAAGUUCCAUUUCCCUUUUCUUCCCAUGUGUUUUGGGCUUGGAUUACGCCUGUGCUGGCUUGCUUUUUUCUGAUUAUUAUUCCACUGAUGCAACUUUUUCAGUUUGUACUCCAUAAGAGCAACCAUGUGUUCACUACUACACACACUGGACAAUUCAUUAGGUACACCUACCCUUUACAAUGAUAGACUUUUUAGGGAGGAAUUAACAGAAGAGUAUAUUUAUGAGUGACGCUGGCAGCAAGCAAAAACUCUGAAAACCAUAAUAAUGACCACGUCAUGUAUAAAGGCGUUAGCUGUACCUAUUCCUCAUGAUGUGACCAAUUCCCCUUGAAAAUGCACUAAAAGGAGGUAAACACCUGAAAGCUUGAUCCAAAAACGGGCUUCUUUGAUUUGUUUUCAUUUCAAAUUUCCACCUGUAGUUAAGUAGCACCAUCAAAAGGACACAAAUAUAAACAUAUACAUAUCGCUCUCUAUAUAUCAACACAUACAUAUGUCAGUAUUUUUGUUGCCUGUGUCACACCACUUGACCUUAAAACUUAACAGCCGCUCCAUUGCUUUCUUAUAUCAACUGUCGCUGCAAACGCUAACGUCUGUGACUUUACCUUAACGUUUUUUUGUUUUUGUUUUUGUAGGACACACCAAAGCGCCCACAGAUCUUUAUUAUUUUUUGCUUCUUUUCUUUAUGUGUAAUCAAGUGCCAUACUUGUAUAUAGACAUGAUAUAAAUGUAUACAUAUAUAAAUAAAUUAAAAACAUAUAUAUAUAUAUAUAUAUAUAUAUAUAUAAAACAUUCACCAUCAAUGAGAAGCUGAUGAGUUCAAUGCAUUUAUUGUGAUUUCAAUGAAUUAAAAAAAAAAUGCAUACGAACUGCUCUAUUUCAACUGCGAGAAAUUAAGAAAUGAAGUCUUUGAAAAAAAAUCCUCCUAUUAAUCAAACAGCUCCAAAUAUGAAAAAUAGCACAACUUGAAAUUUUGUAUCCCCCCCCAAAAAAAAUAUUAAAAAAAAUAAAACUGCUCUGGUGCUACAAUUUUGCUUUGUUUUUCAAAGAAAGGUUUGAAAAUGUAACCAAAAAAACAUUACAAUAAGGAAUGACGAGCAAAUAAAA